AUGAAUGUAAACAAAAGAAUGGAAACUCAGCCAGUGCUUUCCUCAGACACCAUUGACAGAGUCAAACAGUUUGGUGAAAUUAAUAAAGCAGUUGAUAUAUAUGUCAAUGUGUAUUGUGAUCCUAAAUUUACCAGUGUUGUAUGGACUCAUGAAGGAGUACCAAUAACAACACAAAAUAUAGCAAAAUAUGUAUCGUCAAGUUCACCUACUAUUGUUAUGCAUACGAUUCAUGGAAAGGAAAUACAAUUAGAUGGUUUCAAUGUAUCACUAACAAUAAAUGAAUUGAAAGCAGAGGACUUUGCUAAUUACACUGUAACACUGAGAAGUGGAUUUCCAGAUGUAAGGUUUACUAUUGUAUUGGAAUCUGCUAGCGUACCAGAAACUCCAGGUAAUUUUAGCACAGUAGCAUCAUCAGCUACAAGUAUAACUGUUCAAUGGGAUCCUCAUUCUGGAGGUGGAUAUAAACAAAUAUUUCACAUACAGUACAGAGUACAAGGAUCAUCAGAAUGGACCACAGUAUCAGCUGGUGAGGAAGAUAUAAAUGAACAAAGGAGACGUAGAACAUAUGAAGUAAAAACAUUACAGGAAGGAAAAGCCUACGAAAUGAGAAUGUAUGCUGAGAAUACAGCAAUGAAAAGAAGUAAUUUCACAGAGGUGUUGAUUUCCUAUACUCAAAGUUCAGAAUCAACGACAUCGAGUGCAGUUAUUGGUGCUGUAGUAGGAGUUGUUGUUACUUUAGUUAUUGUGUGCGCCUCCUUUAUAGUGAUACUGUUAAUCAAAAGGAACAAAGGGAAAGAUAAAAGAGAAAAAAAUGAUAAAUGUUAUGUAAACACCGGCUUCCAUAAUAUUCACAUUGGAGAUGCAUACGAAGAAAUGGAAAAUAAAUUUGAUGUUGAGCAUCCACAGUCUAGUAAAACAUACGAAACACUUGGUACCAAAGAAAAAAUAAGUGUUUAUGAUGAUUUAGAAAAUACCAAAGGUGUGUAUGGUAAACUUUAA